CUCACGUGGAACUUUUGUAUAUAGAAAUGUUARCUUAUAUUUAAGCGGUUAUCUUUUACGAGGAAAACUAAGAUAUGGUAGAAGAAGUUUCAAAGGAAAAGCAAUGUUCGUCAUGUGCACRUUUAAAGCAGGAAUUGGAGUCCACCAAGAAAGACCAAGCUUCCACUCUAAAAAUGAUAAAAGAAAAGAUCAUCUCGACCGACAAACUGAUCAAGAAAUACCAAAAGAAAUGUGAUGAUUUUGAAAAACAAGGAAAAUCCUUUAAAGACCUAAACAACAAGUAUGAAGAAUGCAAAAGAAUAAAUGAUGAUUUACAAGAACAGCUGAAUCGUUCCUUGGAAGUUACGGAACCACAGAAAAAGAACAUCAGAAGACUCCUUCAAGAGAAAUUUGAUUAUGAAGCAAAAAUACUGGAAUUGAACACACAAAAUACUGAGCUUCAGGUACAGUAUAGGUUGAGUACUGAACUAGUCCCCAUUUGUAUGGUAUAUGGGUAUUUCAUUACAAAGUCAUUUCCAUACAAGUGA